ACACAGGCUUGUUGGACGAGGCGCCCAGAACAGAGCUGUCAGAGCAGCAAGACAGAGCGGGCCGGAGUAGCUCCGCUUUUCACACCAGCCGCUGCUAAAUCAAAGCCGAAAACGAACCUACGGAAACUACAACCACAAAAACUGCAUUACGACUGUACAGUGAAGUGUAUUCGAACUUAGUCGAUUCGCCGCCCUCAAUGGAGCGCUUUUCUUUGAAGUAUUAAAGUCAAUCCGAUCCGUUUUGAGCGAGGAUGAGCGUGAACAGUACGGGGACGGGGUCGGCUCCGUGCCGCUUCGCCCAUUAUUUCGUGAUAUGUGGAAUAGACACCGAGACUGGGUUGGAACCAGAUGAAUUGGCCGCUUUGUACCAAUGGCUAGAGGCUGAGCGCCAGGGCAAGGAUCCAGAGGCGGCCGCGCCAGGGGAGAACUUUGACCAGAGUCCGCUCAAAAGAACCUUCAAGUCCAAAGUAUUGGCCCACUAUCCGGAGAACGUAGAGUGGAACCCAUUCGACCAGGAUGCUGUUAACAUGCUGUGCAUGCCCAAGGGCCUGUCCUUCCGGACACAGAGAGACUCCCGGGAGCCGCAGUUCCACUCCUACCUGAUCACGCGGGAGGACGGCUCGCGCACCUACGGCUUCGUGCACACCUUCUACGAGGAGGUGACCAGCCCGCAGAUCUGCGCCGCCAUGCAGACCCUGCACCAGAUGCACCGCGCCGAGCACGCCUCCAACGGCACCAACCCCUCCUCCUCCUCCUCCUCCUCGUCCUCCUCCUCCAGCAUGGACUCGCUGGCCAGCAGCCUGGACGAGGGCGACAGCUCCUCGUCCUCCGCCCCGUCUCCGUCGGCGGCCGGCGGCGGGCCCUCGUACGACGCGUCGCGCGACACCCUCUACGUGUCCAAGGCGCUGUGCCUGGUGACGCCCAUGCCCUUCAUGCACGCGUGCCGCCGCUUUCUGGCCCAGAUGCACCGCGCCGUCACGGCCCAGCAGCCCCCGCCGCUGCCGCUGGAGAGCUACGUGCACAACGUCCUGUACGAGGUGCCGCUGCCGCCGCCCGGCCGCUCGCUCAAGUUCCACGCCGUCUACGAGCCCAUCGUGUGCCAGCGGCCGGGCCUGGCCGAGCUGCCCCUGGCCGACUUCCCCCUGGGCGAGGCCUUCCAGCUGCUGGGGGUGGAGAACCUGGUGCAGCUGUUCACCUGCGUGCUGCUGGAGAUGCAGAUCCUGCUCUACUCACAAGAUUACCAGCGGCUGAUGGUGGUGGCGGAGGGCAUCACCACACUGCUCUUCCCGUUCCAGUGGCAGCACGUCUACGUGCCCAUCCUGCCCGCCUCGCUGCUGCACUUCCUGGACGCGCCCGUGCCCUACCUCAUGGGCCUGCAGUCCAAAGAGGGCACCGACCGCUCCAAGCUGGAGCUGCCCCAGGAGGCGAACCUGUGCUUUGUGGACGUGGACAACCACACCAUUGAGCUCCCUGAGGACUUCCCCCAGCUGCCCAACAAGCCCGAGUUCAUCUGCGAGCUCACCGACGUGCUGCUGCGCUUCGGCCUCUCCCCUGAGGGCAGCAACGCGCCCAUCACCCUGACCGCCACCGCCCCCCCCACCACCACCACCACCAGCAGCAGCAGCCGGACGUCCGGUAGCCCUAGCACCGGCCUGAAGAGCACCGUGCUGAGGGAGCUGGUGGACGACGGGCGCAACGGCAACCUGGGCCGCGAGGACAUGGCCGUGCUGGAGCUGCUGCAGGGCAGCCCCACGCUGGACCGGCUGCAGGCGCUGGCCAAGCGCACCGGCGUGACCGUGGACCGCCUGGAGGCCAUCCGCAGGGGCGUGCGGGACGGACAGGCCGACGGGGAGACGGGCGGAGGUGGGGGCAGCGCGGGGGGCAAGCGGUCGGCGGAGGACGAGCAGGAGCUGCGGAGCGCCCAGCUGAACGUGCAGCUGCGCGAGGUGUUCGCCGGCCGCUUCGCCACCAUGUUCGCCGACUACGAGGCGUUCGUCAUCCAGAGCGCCCCCGACCUGGAGUCCUGGCUCACCAACCGGGAACAGAUGCACAACUUUGACAAGGCCUCUUUCCUGUCGGACCAGCCAGAGCCCUACCUGCCGUUCCUGUCGCACUUCAUCGAGACGCAGAUGUUCGCCACCUUCAUCGACAACAAGAUCAUGUCCCAGUGGGAGGAGAAGGAGCCCAUGCUGCGGGUGUUUGACGGACGCAUCGAGAAAGCCCGCCUCUUCAACGUGCGUGCCCCCAGCCUCCGCUCCUCCACCUACCAGAGGUGCACCAUACUGGAGGAGUCCGCCCAGGCCAUCGAGCAGCGGCUGAUGAAGAUCGAUCACACGGCCAUCCACCCCCACCUGCUGGACAUGAAGAUUGGCCAGGGCAAGUACCAGCAGGGCUUCUUCCCCAAGCUGCAGGCCGACGUGCUGGCCUCCGGACCCACAAAUAACAAGUGGUCGAAUCGCACAGCCACAUCUCAGCGCCGACAGGACAGGCACAGACAUCACAACGAACACCUAGGACUGGACAACGACCUGAAAGAGCAGGUGGAGGGGUGUCUGGUGCUGCAGAACUCUAUGGCUUUCUGGGAGUGGGACAAAGCGCCUCCCCCACCUCUUAAACCGCCCAAAAAGUCCUUCUCAGCCUGCUGCCUGAAGUACAUGCAGGAGGCCCGUAGUCUGGGGAAGAACCUGCGGCAGCCCAAGCUGUCGGACCUUUCCCCAGCGGUCAUCGCUCAGACAAAUUGGAAAUUUGUCGAAGGGCUCCUAAAGGAGUGUCGCCUGAAGACGAAGCGCAUGCUGGUGGAGAAGAUGGGCAGGGAGGCGGUGGAGCUGGGCCACGGAGAGGCCAGCAUCACCGGCCUGGAGGAGAACACGCUCAUCGCCAGCCUCUGUGACCUGCUGGAGAGGAUCUGGAGCCAUGGCCUCCAAGUCAAACAGGGGAAGUCAGCCUUGUGGUCACAUCUCCUUCACUAUCAGGCCCGAGAGGAAAAACAGAGCUUACUAACCGAUUCACCAGGGUCAAACAGUCCAGAGAGGCGAAAAUCUGAUGCCGGUCUCGGGCUCUCAACACUGCGCGUCUCUGUCAUACAAGAUAUGAGGCACAUCCAGAGUAUGAGCGAGAUUAAGACAGAUGUGGGCCGCGCCCGGGCCUGGAUCCGCCUCUCCCUGGAGAAGAAGCUGCUCUCCCAGCACCUCAAGCAGCUGCUGUCCAACCAAGCCUUAACCAAGAAGCUGUAUAAGCGCUAUGCAUUCCUGCGCUGUGAUGAGGAGAAGGAGCAGUUCCUCUUCCACUUGCUCAGUCUCAACGCUGUCGACUAUUUCUGCUUCACCAACGUUUUCACCACCAUCAUGAUCCCAUACCGUGCUGUCAUCAUCCCCAUUAAGAAGCUCAGUAACGCCAUGACGACGUCCAACCCAUGGGUGUGCGUGGCGGGCGAGUUGGGCGACUCCGGCGUCAUGCAGAUCCCCAAGAACGUUCUGGAAAUGACCUUCGACUCUGCGUUCAGGCCUCACACUCACAUCACCGCUCUGUUCAAGUGUCAGAACCUUGGCAAGCUCACCACUGUUCAGCUGGGUCAUGACAACUCGGGGUUGCUGGCCAAGUGGCUGGUUGACUGUGUGAUGGUCCGCAAUGAGAUCACUGGACACACGUACAAGUUCCCUUGCGGCCGCUGGCUGGGUAAGGGUGUGGAUGACGGGAGUCUGGAGAGGGUUCUGAUUGGUGAGCUCCAGGUCCCUACCAGUGAUGAGGAGGCGGGGCGAGGGAGUCGGACUCCACCCAUGCAGCGCUCUCCCUCUCAGCCCAGACGAAUCAGCAUCACGUCUCUCAGUGGCCGUGCCAGCAAGCCAACCUCAGCACAAAUACAGGAAGGCAUCGGGGAGUCGGUCAACAACAUUAUAAAGCACUUUCACAAGCCAGAGAAGGAGAGAGGUAGUCUGACCCUGCUGCUGUGUGGGGAGAAUGGGGCUUGGGCUCCUCUAGAGCAGUUCUUCCACCACGGCUUCAAGACGGCACGACUCUUCCAGAAGAGCAUCUUCAUCUGGGACUUUGUCGAGAAGGCAGUGGAGUAUAUGGAAAGUGCUGAUCAGAUGGGGGACUUGCAGGAGACUGCAGAGCCUCUAGGCCUAACCUGUGAAACCUUCUGUCGCUAUGCCAACGCCAUCAACAACUCGCCACGCAGCAUUGGCAAGGAUGGCAAGUUCCAGCUGCUCGUCUGCUUAGGAGCCAGGGACCGGCUGCUGCCCGAGUGGCUCCCCCUGCUGGUGGAGUGCCCGGUGAUCACACGCAUGUACGAGGAGACUGCCAUGCUCCGCGACCGCACCACCGUCAACGCGCUCAUCGGAGUGCUGCAGACCCUCCACGACUUCGCCAUUACGCUGGAGACCUCGCUGGUCAAGGGCUUUGACUUGUAGCAGCCAGCUUCCAUGGACCGAAACCCCCCACUCCCCCCCCACCCUUUUCCCUCUCCGCCCCUACUCUCUGAUGCCUCCACAGAUGCCACUUCAAGGCACUGGCAAGCCGCACAACCCACUGUGGGAAUAAAACGUGACCACUAAAAAGAGCAGGAUGGCUGAGGAACGAGGAGGCUCUUUGAAGGACAAAUAAACAAGAGACUCUAGCCCCACCUCCCUCCCCUGGCUCUGUGUUUAGUUGCAGUGCGUAGGCCUUUGGGUCAAAGUUGAGUGCAGUAUUACCCCAUACCUUGUGCUUUAAAACACACAACUCAAAAAGAAAUCAACGUCUUGUGUGAAUCUCUAUAUAAACUGUAUGAAGCUCUGUGUGAAGCUCACUAUGAAGAUAUUUUUCCUAUGAACUCUCACUGCUCUUAUAAUGCAGGGCUCCGUGGCACAGACGUGGGCUCGGGUUUCCACCUUCAAUACUUAGUAGAGUACGCAAGCAUGUAUUCAGUUCAGUGAUUGAACCUUUUCUCCAACGAUGGACAAAAAUGAAAGGAAAUAGUGAUGUAUUGGUUUUAUGCGCGAAUGCGUGACAAAAAAACAAACAAAACUGUAAUAGUUUGAGAGACCCUGUGCUUCUCCCAAUGCUUCAGUGUAGUCCCUACAUUUGAUCAGCACAAGCCCCAUGUGUGAGGCUGAGGGAGAGAGCAGAGCGGCAGGAAUAGAAAAGAGUGUUGCAGAGUCUCUCUUAUUUGCACUCUUAACAUCCAGAACUGAAUCAUGACUCCCAUACGAGAUGGCUCAUAACCAACUAACCCAUGGUACUGAUCUAGCCCCUCACACUGCGCAAUGAUUGGCUGUGGGAUCUCCUGUGGACCCUCCCCCUAAACAGAAUUGGAUAAGAAAGGGGGCUUGGCACUGACAUCAGUGAAAUGGACAUUCCAUCUUGAUGUUAGAAAAGCAGUAGUGACUUGUGUGUGUGUGUGUGUGUUUGUGCGCGUCUGUGUGCGCAAUUUUGUGUGCCCACUCAAUUUAAUUUUCUCAUUAUUUUUGUAUAUUGAGCUGUUUACAGUAUUAGUCUCAAAAUUAAGUGUUCGAAAACAUUUUGUGGUUUUCAUGGUCAGCAGCUCAGAUCUGCGUGUGUGUGUGUGUGGAUGGGUGAAAAAGAGGGAGAUGGUGUCUUCUGAUGAGGAUACUUCAAGAAUUAUGUAUGUAUCCAUUGCCAAGAAUUUUGAAGGUUUCUCCGUACGAUGACACAAGCAAAAUAGUGCAUAUAGUACUUUACGAAAACAAGCAAUAACAAAGGCACAGCCAUGGUCCUAGUAGCCCUGCUAAUGCAUUUCAAUGGAUUUCUUGAUACACAAAAGUUUUGAUUUAAUUUAAAUUACACUUUAAUUUUUGUCUGUAUUAAAUUUCAUGAGUCAGUCUCAGAGCAAAAGUGUUUCUUUUUUAGUUCUAAAAAAAGGCUUUAUUUUCGUCAAGACGACAAUUUUCCAACUUGCAAUUCUGAGACCAGCUUGAUGAAAGAUAGUAUGGCAUUAAGUCAAGUGUAAAUACUGCAAAUGUGCAUGUCUCAAAUUUAGGAAAAAACUAUUUGGGAUUUUAUUGUGACCCUUUGGCAUUCAACAAAAUAAUCUGAUUAAAUUAUUACUUAUAUUAUUGUAUAUGCUAAAAACCAAUGACUUUCAGGUUCUGACUGUGGACUAGCUUUUAUUUUAUUUAGAUAUAACACAUCUGCUGCUGUACUUUUAAGAAAGAUUUUAACCACUAGACCAAUCUAUUUGCUUACACUGAAAUCAUUAUUUUUACCCAUGCAUUCAUUUAAGGGGUAAUGCUCAUUCUUCUGUUGGAAUGUUUUACUUAUUUUAUUUUAUUUUAAUCUUUUGGGUCUGUUAAUAUUUCUACUUUUUGAGACUGCAGAUUUCCUCAGUAUUAUUGAGACACUGGUCAUUUUAAACCCUUUGUUUAGCCAGCUGGCUGAGUGAACUAAAAUGUUCAAUCGAGGAGUUUUAUUGUGUCAUAUUUUAAUUGCAUUGUCCUGGUUGAUGUCCUGGUUGAUGCUCUCCAGUGCGAUCAGCCGCCUGGCUGGCAGCCUCUAGAGAUGUCUGAGACUGGGUUUAUGUGCAGUGCUGCUUGCACGGGCCCUUUAAGUUUCUGAAAAAGCUACUGCAUGCUGGGAUGUUAUGUACUGAAUCAAGAGUUCUAUUUCCGUGGGUUAGUUUAAUGCUUGUUCCUUUCAUCAGUCAUCCAGCUAAAUUUAAAAGAAGGCGAAGACUACUGUCCCAGGUGUAGACUACCAAACUAUGCUCCCUGCCUCUUUCUCUCUCUCUCUCCUGUUGAUAUUGUGUACCUUCAUCUUUACUGAGAACUUGAACUGUCUGGUCAUGAUUUAAAUGAUCUCUGUUGAUGAUAUUUAUGAAAAUGUUUCAUUAAAAAUCUCAGUAUGUUCA